AUGGCUGCCGCUAAGGCAAAAGCUGCUGGAAAGAAGGCAAAAUCCAACUUGCCGUCCACACCUGCAACCCUUGCCAAACUUCAGGUUCUGGGGAAAGAGAAAACAGAUGAGUAUUUACAUGCUCGGAAUACGACCAUAAAGUAUCAGCAGCAGGCAAACAAUGCACAGAAAUGGCUUGCAAGCUUCUUCGCUGAGGAGAAGGCGGCAGAGAGGGAAGGGCUGGUUGCCGGGCUUGUGCAACCGGGGAAAGGGGAGUCCCUGGCAGGUCUAGAGAAAACAGAAUCAGCUUCGCUCUUUAGGGACCCUGAGUUCCAGAGAGCAUUAGACGGACCACCAGGACAAUAUACACCGACAGCGAUCUCAAUGUACCUUGUGUAUAAAUGCUUUGAGCAAGAUCUGAAGAACUCUACAGCAGUGCAGAUACACGCCGCACUGAUCCGUGAAUAUGACCAGAUGGACGCAGAUACGUACCGGGGGAGAUGGCGCUAUGACGAGUCCCGCCGCAUGUGGGUAGGGAAUCCGGUGCGAUCUGCUAAAGUCGAAGACGUGAUGCUAUCAAUCAAGCAUAAAGAUGGGAUUGAUGGCGGCGAUCGAAAGCACUCACUUGCCAUGUCGAAGAAAUGCAUAGAGCAGCUGUAUGCAUGGUCAAGCGCACUCUGCCCACCACAGACAUGGUCGCAUCUGCCGGAAGACCUCGUGGUAGUGGAAAGGCAGGCCAUCCACUUGCGGUUUCGUGCACGUGCAUCUCUGGGCUUCACGCUCUGGACAAGGAACUGCGAGACAACACGCUUACAGUAUCAGCACUUCGAGUUCAACGACGCGCGUCGGAAGGGAGGGUCUCCGCUCGACCCUCCCCAUUUCGAAGUCAAUCUGACGAAUCGGAAGAACUGGCAACGCAAGCAGGAUAAGAAUCAGUCGGUGUGCGGACAUAACUACAAAAUCUACCCCCAGCCAAAGACCCCCACGACCGAUAUGUAUACGCACCUGCUUGAUUGGUUCGACUUCUACGAGCUGCUGCUGGGAAGAGCGCUGCAGCCCGAGGACUACGCCUUCCCAUUCAUCGGCACUGAUUGCAAAGUCCACCCUCAUCGCGCGAUGUCCUCCGACUUGGUACAGAAGGAGUUGAACGAGUUUGCUAUGCUAGCUGGGGUGCGCGGGGCGGGAUCAUUCACGACACACUGUUAUCGGAGAGGUGGUGCGCAGUACAGAUUCAUGUUCGCGCCGAUUGGAGAGCGAUGGACGCUUGCUCGUAUUCGAUGGUGGGGUGGCUGGGCCGAGAAAGAGCAUCGCGAUACAUUGAUCAGAUACCUACUUGAUGAGUUGUACAAUUAUGAAGAGGAUCAUUCAGACGCUCUAUGUCCGAUAUCGCGCGAAGCCGAGCACUCGCUGAUGGGUGAGGCUGCACUGCAACGCCCUGCCUCUGUCGCUGAGCUGGGCGAAUUCCUCACACGCAUCAAAGAGGAGAAUCCGGUACUGAUCCAACAGGCGGUUGCUUCAUCACUAGCUGCCGUUAUCCCUCUGUUUGCAGCACCUCCUACUACUCCGGCACCUCAAAUGGUAUCAGCACCGGUGCAGAGCCUUGCGGGCAGGUGUGGCAUGGCAAUUCAAACAUUGCCUUUUGCACCAACCUGUGCUAGUUCUGCGAGUCAGCUGCCCACCCCUCGACGUGAUGCGCUGGUCUCGCAUCCCCUAAAUCUUCACUUCCCAACCGUGCCUCUAGCCUCACCACAGGUCACCUCCUACCAGCCAUUGCCGCCGCCGGCACCCACUCGCACAAAUCCCGCCUGGAUAAUCCCCGCCGUAUCUGGUAAAGAGGCCUGGCGCAAGAUCAUCCAGGACUGGGAGACCGCAGACGCUUCGCGCUCUCUUUCGAUCCCUUUGCGCGAUUGGACGACGGAACAAAUCAAGCAGGGUGGUGCGUCGAUUUACAAGCAGCGAGCGUUAAUUGCAACCGAGUUCAUCGAUACCUACGAUCGUGACGAAGCAAAGUUCAUCGCCGCAUACCCUGAGCAUACGCAGGGUGUGGUACGCUUGCUGCACGCCAUCCGAAUAGCGCGUGCAGUCCGCGGUCAGUGCAAGCAACGGCGCAGCAAGAACGGUACGCCGGAUGAAAGGGCAAGACGUUUCGGGUCGGCGUGA